AUGUCAGCUAUUGGAGUUUCUCAAGCUAGUGCAAUGGCUCUUGAUGUGAACAAAGCUAAGGAUUCUGUUGCUUCUAUAUUUGAGAUCCUGGAUAGUAAACCCGAGAUUGAUUCAAUUAGUGAAGAAGGCACAACAUUGUCUAGUGUUAGAGGUGACAUUGAGUUUCAACAUGUAAGCUUCAAGUAUCCAACACGGCCAGACAUCCAAAUCUUCAAGGAUUUGUGCCUAAGUAUGCCUUUUGGGCAGACAAUGGCUCUAGUUGGAGAGAGUGGAAGUGGGAAGUCCACAGUUAUCAGUUUGAUACAAAGAUUCUACAAUCCCGACCCUGGCCAAAUAUUCUUGGAUGGAGUGGAAAUCAGAAAAUUGAAGCUAAGUUGGCUGAGGCAACAAAUGGAUUAUUGA